AUGGUUCCAUCCAUUGACGAAGUCGAGGAAUACUUUCAAUCUCUCGAACGCUUUCUGACAGAUUCCGUGGCGGCCGCCUCGCCUGGUAUUCCAAACAUCCGAGAGGCCGUUCACCGUCUUUGGGUUGACAUCUCUCGCUUUGGGCCACCUGGUUUUUCUUCAUUCCCUGACAUCCAUGUCCCCGGUCUUGGGGCAUUCGAGGUUCCUCCACCUCCGCCACCACCUCCACCCCCGAGGACUCUCGUAGAGAAGGCUGGUGAUUGGAUCAUAGAACAUCCAUGGAAGAGCUCUAGCAUAGCAGUAACAGCUCUUGGAGCUGGCCUACUUGCUGGCUACACUACCUUCCGUAUGACGCACACCCAUAAGAGAAGAGUUCGGUCGACUACUGUCACUCCCGAGAAACGGCAAGUUGUUGUCGUCUUGGGUGGUGAUCACCCUCUGGGCCUCCCUCUUAUCAUCGAACUUGAGCAAAAGGGAUACAUCGUUAUCACUAGCGUCUCCACACCGGAAGCUGUCAACAGCAUUGAAAGCAAAGGACAUGGCUAUGUCCGAGCUCUUGUCCUUGACCCUAAUGAGCCUGGCACCAUCCCAAUCUUCCUUCGGUCGCUCGCAUCUACUUUGUCCCGACGGUUCCCAAUUACAGCCGCUGGUGACCCAUAUGCAGCCACCCCUUAUCAUCCCCUUCUCCACUCUAUAAUAUCUCUACUCACACUGCCGAUUCCAUCCAUUCAUACGGCACCGACCCCCAUUGAACAGCUAUCUUUACGAAGUACAUAUCUCCCACAUCUUCUCUCCACGCACUUUGCACCUCUCCAGGCACUUCAAGCACUCCUGCCAUUACUCCGCGCGGACGCCCAGCGUGUGUGUGGACGCAAGUCCAUCAUUGUAUGUCUCCCUGCUGCUGAUGCACGUGUUGGACUGCCUUUCGGUGGAGUCAGUGCUAUGAGCGCAGCGGCCACUCUUCGUGCGUUGGACGUGUUGCGCCGUGAGGUUGCUGUUGGACAAGGCAUGAGCUCCAUCCGUAUUGUUGCCGUUGAUGUGGGCGUUGUUGGUGAAAUCCCCAUCUCCAGUUUUGCAAAUUCACAUGCGAUGAACGACUGGACUCCCUCAGAGAAAGCAACCUACGGUCAAGCAUUCGCUGCGCUCGGAGAAACUAGCAUGGGACAGUCUCGCAGACCGGAGGACAUUUCUGUCUUCGUAAAUAACCUAGUUGGCGUCGUCAGUGCCGGAACAAAGACCAAGAUGGCGAGUAAAACGAUCUGCGGUAUCCGCGUUGCAGGGACAUACACGUUUGCGUCAUUCCUCCCUGGCAUGCUGUUGGAUGGAUUGCUGAGUCUUCCCCACAUGUUGGUUGAUGUCCGUAAUCGGCUCUUGCCUGUGCCUCCUGCCCAGCCACACACAGUCCCAAAGGCGGCUCGCAACGAUCCAUACUCUACCGCGGUUUCUGUAGUUCUUCCAUCAUCUUCCUUGAUAGUGAGCAGAACACACUCAGCUCCACGUCCGUCGCCUCCAGAGGCAGCUGCACCAGCGCUCGAACAGACUGAGCCUCUUUCCGAGCCUGAAGACAUAAGUGAACAUGAGACAGGCUCUGGGGCUGACUUCGAGAGUAAUUCUAGCGAUGGCGAUGCAUCUACGGUGGAAAGUAGCUGGGUGAGCUUGGGAUCUCGUGGGCCCACUGAUGAGGUUUAG